AGAUAGUAUAGAAAUUUCUACAAUCACGUCUAAUCGAACGUCGUGAUUCGUCCGUGAAAAGCAUCCAUCCCGUACUGACGAAACGAUCGCCUAAGUCGACGAUCACGGAAACAGCAGUUGACAAAACCUUCUGUGUGUGAUAUUGUACGGUAGUCAUCAAAAUUGUCGUUUAUUGUAUACUUGAGGGAAGAUUAUAUGUUUUAUCAUACGAAAAGUUAGUGAUAAUAAGUCAUUGUGUUAAUAAAAUUUUCAUUCCAGUUAAAAAGCCAAGCGUCAGUUCACAAUGAGCUUCCUAUUUUUUACAUUAUCCAACUCUAAAUUCAACGUUUCUGGAUUUCUUAAGUGGAAGCCGGUCGUCAAAAACCUUUAAACCAAAGAAGAAUAUCCCAGAAGGAACUCACCAAUAUGACUUGAUGAAACAUGCUGCGGCUACUCUUGGUUCUGGAAAUUUAAGAUUAGCGGUUAUGCUUCCAGAAGGAGAAGAUUUAAAUGAAUGGGUUGCUGUCAAUACUGUUGAUUUCUUUAAUCAAAUCAACAUGUUAUAUGGCACCAUAACAGAAUUUUGUACGGAGGAAAGUUGUCCAAUAAUGUCAGCAGGUCCAAAGUACGAAUAUCAUUGGGCAGAUGGUCAUACUGUGAAAAAGCCUAUUAAAUGUUCUGCUCCAAAAUACAUUGAUUAUUUAAUGACAUGGGUGCAAGAUCAGUUGGACGAUGAAACAUUGUUCCCUUCUAAAAUCGGCGUACCAUUCCCAAAGAAUUUUUUGUCAAUUGCAAAAACAAUAUUGAAACGAUUAUUUAGAGUAUACGCACAUAUUUAUCAUCAACACUUCAGUGAAGUUGUACAACUUGGCGAGGAAGCGCAUUUAAAUACAUCUUUUAAACACUUCAUUUUUUUUGUUCAGGAAUUCAAUUUAAUUGAACGACGAGAAUUAGCACCAUUACAAGAAUUGAUAGAGAAGUUAACUGCAAAGGAUGCACGAUGAAUUAUUCAUGUAAUUGUAAACCCAGAAACUCCUCCAAAGAAUCUCACCCGCAUGGUAUUUGCUAACAAA